AUGAGAAUUAAUUCAACACAGGUGUUAUAUUUCACUCUAAGUGCAUACAUUGACACUGGUUCAUUGAAGUACUUAUCUUUCUUUAUAGUCUUGUGUCUGUAUGUUCUAAUCAUUGGUUCUAAUGUUCUACUGAUCGUUGUUAUCUGUCUGAACAGGAGCUUACAUGAGCCUAUGUACAUGUUUCUUUGCAGCCUGUUUGUUAAUGAACUGUUUGGCAGCACAAGCUUGUUUCCCUUCAUGCUGAUUCAGAUCCUCUCUGAUGUUCACAUUAUUUCUGCUCCUCUUUGUUUCCUGCAGAUUUUCUGUAUGUAUACCUAUGGAAGUGUAGAAUUCGGUAACUUAGCUGUUAUGUCUUAUGACAGAUAUGUUGCUAUCUGUCGUCCUCUGCAGUAUAACUCACUGAUGACUUCCCAGAGAAUCGUCUUCCUAGUGUCUGUCACAUGGAUAUAUUCUUUCAUCACCGUUGGAGUCACCAUACUCAUGAGUUCCUCUCUACAGUUUUGUGAAAAUGUCCUUAAUAAGAUUUACUGCACUAAUCACUCUGUUAUUAAACUGGCUUGUAACGAGCCCAGAGUCAAUAACAUCUAUGAACUGGUAAUGCUUAUUCUCGCAGCCUUUGCUCCUAUUUCUAUUAUUUUAUACACCUAUAUGAGGAUUCUUAAAGUGUGUUUUUCGGGGUCUAAAGAGACCCGGCAGAAAGCUGUCAGCACCUGCACUCCUCACCUUGCUUCUGUUAUCAAUUUCUCUUUUGGUGUUUCCUUUGAGAUCCUAGAGAGCAGAUUUAACAUGAAUAACGUUCCUGGUAUGUUAAGAAUAUUUUUAGCACUGUACUAUCUAAACUGUCAACCUUUCUUAAACCCUCUUCUGUAUGGUCUUAAUAUGUCUAAGAUACGAAACCUGUGUAAAAAACUGGUUCCCAAAUUUAUAUCAUGA